GCCAAGACAAACCAGCACAAUGCAGCAGGAAACCUUUUGCCGGCAAAGAUGCGAUUCCAUCUCUCUAUAUCGCUCUUCCCAUACCACGCGAGGACCUAUCGACGUCCGGCUAUAUCCAAUUGUUCCGCGCGACUCUUCUGCUCCGUCUUGGGCAAUGCUUGGAUCUCUGCCUGGUGAAGCAGUAGACAUCCACGAGCAUGCUUCUGUGUAGCCUUGUCGUCGGCGACCAACCGCUUGAACACUUCGAUGUGAGGCCCUACAUCCGGCCUCGCUGCACUUUGCAGUCGGCGCCUUUGGAAGAACGACGAGGCGGAGAAUGUGCGGACGGCGGUAUUGAGGAGCGUUUUCUGUCUAUGGUACGCUGCAGCAGUACUCCAUGGUUUCGGAGUAGAUGCUCAGGUAACAAUCGUCGCUUGGAAUGGGAGAGAGGGACGGAAGACUCGCAGCGAAAGAGCAGAAAACAGAGGAAGCAAAAGACAGGUGAAGUCGUGAUAUACCAC